AUGGCUCCCUCGUCAAGGACGACGGUGUUUUUUGGGUUAGGACUAUCAUUGGGCUUAGUUAUUGCAUUCACUUUGACUACUUACUCGUCGUUGAAAUUAACACUGCCCAAGAUUGUCUAUCACGCCUCCUAUGGCUCUGAACUCGGUUCGGACGUGGAUAAAACUAGAGGUCUCAACAUAGAUGAGCAUAUUUUGUUUCCAAAUGAAAGAGCAAACAAUCUGAAAGGCCCUAAUCGAUUCCCACAGAGCAUUCAUUCGCACGAAGAACUCGACAAACUGGGAGGCCCAGACAAAGAAUUCCAUUUUAAAGAUGCGCUUGCGCACAAUGAUGAUUCCACAGUUGCCGAGGAAUUGUACCACAAAGUUCGCGUCCUCUGUUGGAUAAUGACGUCACCAGAUAAUCUUCAAAAGAAAGCCAUUCACGUGCGAGCCACGUGGGCUAGGCGAUGUAAUAAACUUCUGUUUAUGAGCUCCGUAACAAAUAGCUCCUUUCCGACAAUAGGACUGAAUAUACCCGAAGGGCGGGAACAUCUGACAGCCAAAACAAUGCGCGCGUAUAACUACAUCGCCGAUAACUACAUGGACGAAGCUGAUUGGUUCAUGAAGGCAGACGACGACACUUACGUCAUCUUGGAGAACCUGCGUUAUUUCUUGUCGGAUGUUGACCCUAACGAACCGGUGUUCUACGGUCACCUGCUUAAAGCGAUUGUGAAACAGGGUUAUUUUAGCGGAGGAGGGGGCUAUGUCCUGAGUAAAGAGGCACUAAAACGCCUUCGAGGACGUGACCAAAAUCAAUGCCGUAGUGACGGUGGAGCGGAAGACGUGGAAAUUGGCAAGUGUAUGGAAAAACUUGGUGUAAAAACAGGAAAGUCUCACGAUUCUUUCGGACGGAGUCGCUUUCACUGUUUUGACCCAGAGAUGCAUCUGCGCGGGUGCUUUCCUGACUGGUACUAUAUUUACGAUGCUCAUGGAGCCAAAUCGGGCCUGGGUAGCAUAAGUGACUAUGCCAUCUCAUUCCACUAUAUACCUCCUCAAAGGAUGUAUGCGUUGGAGUUCUACGUGUAUCAUCUACGCCCGUAUGGUUUGGUCUCCAAAUCACAGAGCCUUAACCUAAAGACAAACAGUACGUCCUAG